GGCUGUAACAACAUUCAGCCAAUGCGAAGCUAGUUGUGGCUACACGGGGUGUACAUACAGUUUAGGGCCCGGAGUGUUACGGACUUAUGCUUUAGAACAUUUUCAAUGAUGAUUAAACAUUUUAGCCACCUUCAUUAGAAGAAGACAGUGAAGUGACAUUUCAAGGAUACCUCUCAGGAAUAUUUUCGUUCCGUUCUGACAUUGCUUUGGAAGCUAGCUAACGGUAGCAGGCUAGCUUGUAGCUAGCAUUAGCGAGACCAGAUGCGUUAAAACGAGAGAAGAGACGCAACCCUCGUUAGUUUUUUUAGUUCACAGUUUUCUUUCGGUUAUAUUUUAUUUAUUUAUUUAGUUUAUAUUUGGUGACAAUGUUGGGAAGGAAACGUAAUUGUGAUAACGUAGCUAGCUAACUUUGUUAACGAUUCCUAACGUUAGCGUUGAUCACUAACGUUAUUUAGCUAACACAAAGGGGAGUUCUAGCUGGUUAGCUAACCGGGAAGUUGACUAUUGCUAGCAAUGCCUUUGUCGUUUCCUCUGUUCUGGCACAAUGCUUAACACGAAGGUUCAUCUCAUACUAGGAGAUGGAGAUCCACUCAGACAUAUAUCAACACAUGUAAUGUAAAGAUACAUUAAUAUUGGCUAGGAAUAGAUAGCUUACGUUAGCGUAAUAGUUGCUAACAGUUUGAUUAGCUAGAAUUCAAUUUCGCUCCUUUGUUGUUAUGCUAGCUAACUAGCCAGACAGUUUCAACGCAUUGUUUUGUUUAACCGUUUGAUUGCAGUAUUUUGUCAAGACAUUUACAUUUACAUUGUCAUCUAGCUAGCAUUAUAACUUGAUCUGUAUUGGCUGUAUAAUUGAUUGUCAAUCAGUUUCUGUUGUCUGGCCAGAAAGGAAUUGGCUAACGUUAGCUAGAAUAACUUUAAAUCCAUAUUAAUCUAUUUUGUUGCUUUUUGUUUUUGACACUGCUUAUGUGUUUUUGGGACCCCAAAGAAGAGAGCUUGCUUAGUUAUAUUUUUGGGAACAGUGUAACUAUCUGAAGCAAGUAACAAAGUAGCAACAAAUAUAAUUAGGGCUAGUUCAAUAGCUAUAAUGGCCUACUACUACACUUUGGCCUCAAAUGGGAUGUCAUCAUGGAUAUCUCUACACAUGGUCCUCUUCAUAUUCACUGGAAAUGCAGUUUGCUCCCAGCACAACGAGAACAUUUACGUAUCAGGGAUUUCUAAUGCCUGUGGAGAUAUGGCGGAGCAGAUCAGGGCGUCCAGUGGAGUGAUAACCAGCCCUGGCUGGCCCUUCCAGUACCCGUCCAGGAUCAACUGCAGCUGGAACAUCAGGACCAACCCUGGGGAAAUCAUCACCAUCAGCUUCCAGGACUUCGAGAUCCAGAACUCUCACCGUUGCGGGCUGGACUGGGUUUCCAUCGGCACCUACAAGAACGUGGAUGGCUACCGGGCAUGUGGCUCGUCCAUCCCAGCCCCCUACAUUUCUUCCCAGGACCACGUGUGGAUCAAGUUCCACUCGGACGACAUCAUGACCGGCAAGGGCUUCAGGCUGUCUUACAUAACAGGAAAAUCGGAGAUGAUCAGCUGUGACUCGGACCAGUUCCACUGCUCCAACGGGAAGUGCAUCCCGAAGUCAUGGAAGUGCAACACCAUGGACGAGUGUGGUGACAACUCUGACGAGGAGCUGUGCGUCCAGCCCAACCCCUCCGCAGCCUUCUCCUUCCAGCCCUGUGCCUUCAACCAGUUUCCCUGCCUGUCCCGCUACACCCGUGUCUACACCUGCCUGCCCGAGUCGCUCAAAUGUGAUGGCAGCAUCGACUGCCAGGACCUUGGUGACGAGAUUGACUGCGAUGUGCCGACCUGCGGCGACUGGCUGCGGAACUUCUACGGCACCUUCAGCUCGCCCAACUACCCUGACUUCUACCCACCAGGCAGCAACUGCACCUGGCUCAUCGACACAGGCGACCACCGCAAGGUGAUCCUGCGUUUCAUGGACUUCAAGCUGGACGGGACGGGCUACGGGGACUACGUGAAGGUGUAUGAUGGCUUGGAGGAGAACCCUCGCCGCCUACUACGUGUCCUCACUGCCUUCGACUCCCGUGCCCCCGUGGCCGUGGUCUCGUCCUCGGGCCAGCUGCGCGUUCACUUCUAUGCUGACAAGAUCAAUGCGGCAAGGGGCUUCAACGUCACCUACCAGGUGGACGGUUUCUGUCUGCCUUGGGAGAUCCCGUGUGGGGGCAACUGGGGCUGCUACACGGAGCAGCAGCGCUGCGACGGUUACUGGCACUGCCCCAAUGGCCGCGACGAGGUCAACUGCAGCACCUGCCAGGUGGAUGAGUUCCCCUGCUCCAGGAACGGCGCCUGUUACCCGCGCUCGGACCGCUGCAACUACCAGAACCGCUGCCCCAACGGCUCAGACGAGAAGAACUGCUUCUUCUGCCAGCCGGGCAACUUCCACUGCAAGAACAACCGCUGUGUGUUCGAGAGCUGGGUGUGCGACGCGCAGGACGACUGCGGCGACGGGAGCGACGAGGAGAGUUGCCCGGUCAUCGUGCCCACACGGGUCAUCACGGCGGCGGUUAUAGGAAGUCUCAUUUGUGGCCUGCUGCUGGUCAUCGCCCUGGGCUGCACCUGCAAACUCUACUCCCUCCGGAUGUUUGAGCGCAGGUCAUUUGAGACCCAGCUGUCCAGGGUUGAGGCUGAGCUCCUGAGGAGGGAGGCUCCCCCGUCGUAUGGCCAGCUGAUCGCCCAGGGCCUUAUACCCCCGGUGGAGGACUUCCCUGUCUGCUCUGGCAACCAGGCGUCUGUGUUGGAGAACCUGAGGUUGGCGGUUCGCUCCCAGCUGGGUUUCACCUCCAUCCGCUUGCCCACCUCCGGUCGCCACAGCAACAUCUUGCGACGCCUCUUCAACUUCACACGCUCACGGCGCUCCGGCUCGCUGGCCCUGGUGUCUGCUGACACCGAGGAUCAGAACACUGGCAGCGGUAACGGCGGCAGCCUGGCCCGCGAGCCCGAAAGGACUGGACCCCACCGGGGACUGCUGCCCCUCGAUUCAGACGACACUGAUACGGAGAGCGAGCGCCUGGACAUCCCCGGAGCCGUGGGGGGCCUUGUAGCCCCCCUCCCCACAAAGACCCCUCCAGCAACCGCAGUGGAGGCCAUCGUCUCAGUGUCUACGUGCACCAGCAGCAGGGACAGCCACCGGGCCAGGCACAGGGCCAGCCCAGGAGUGGUGGAGACCCACACCAUGGACACCCCAGGGGGAGAGGCAGCAGACCCUCAGUGUGCUUUGGCCGGGAGGAGCCAGCUGAGCAGUGCUCUGAGCCGGGUCACCCGCACCCUGCGCUGGGUACGUUUCUCCCUGGGCCGCUCUGGAGACUCCUCAGGUGGGGUGACCCACAACCACAGCCCACUGAGGCACCUAGAGCAGGGAGCAGGGACCAGGGAGGAUGAAGAUGACGUGGAGCUGCUCAUCCCCGUGUCGGAUGCCGCCUCGGACACUGACUCCACCAGCGAGACCUCUAGGCUCCUCAACCUGGAGGUAGGCCUGGAUCAGGCUGCCCGCCACCUAUUGUUCCCAGCCUCUCUCAGGUCAGGCCGGAUGUCCCUGGGCCGGGACGGGCCCUGUGAACACUGUAGCAUGGUUCACACUGCACAGAUCCCAGACACCUGUCUUGAGGCCACAGGCAAGACUGAGACCAAUAGUGAUGACGAGUUACUGUUGCUCUGCUAAUAGCUCUAACCUAAAGGGACGUUUACGGUAUGACUCAACUGACUGUCAACAUGGACCGUCCCUGUCAAAGCUUGCCAUUUCUUUUGUCUGGAAGAAUGGGGGUUCAGAAGGGGAGACAAUGUCAUUUUUAUUCCCCUUUUUAAGAUGUUUAUGUGAAGUGUGUUUUUGAAAAGCCUGUAGUUCGUACUGUAUUAGUCUUCUUUAUUCUGUAUUCAUCAGAUGGCACGAUCUCGCCCAACCUCCCCCCUCUUCCCCUCCGUGUUCCAGUUCCAGACUUUUCCCUAGGGAGUUCCAACUCAGCCUGGGGACUGGAAAGUAGCACCAGCAGCGGUAACGCCGGCUCAAACUACUCAACUUUGACUUUGUCUAGCCGAGGAAAAGUUGAAUGGCCUCCAUAGCAAGAAGACACGUGCACCUGUGAGUGUGAGUUAGGCUUAACGCAAGGUGAAUACAAUGCAGCCACAGCAACUGCUGUUCUGUUCCUCUUCUUCUCACACUAAAUUUGGGAUUAAGCAGAGUAAAUACGCUGCCUUUUUAUGUUUAAGAAUAAUGGUACGAGAGAACUAUAGAGUACAGCCGAAAUUAAGAUCUAGAGCCUGUGAAAAGCUAAACGAGAUUUAAAGAUGUCUGUCAGAUGUAUUUAAUGUCAGUUUCUUCUCCUUCAGUAUAGAGAAUCUGAAGGUGAGGGCUCUGACUAUCUAUGGCUUCCCAUGUGAUGGUAUGUUUGUUUCAUUUCAAUUCAAUGGGAGGCAGUGUAACUCCUUUCCUAUUGAAAGGUACUGAUGUAUUCUCAUGCGUGAUCACGGCAAGAGCAUUUAAUUUAUAAAAUGGAAAAGUGAAUUGCAAAUAACCUCUUUCUAAAAACAAAACAUUGUAUAAUGUCCACAGAUGUUUGUUGUAUUUAUUGUUUUGGUAACCUCAAUGUUUUGGUACUGAGAAUACUUGUGUGAUUGUGUAUUUAUUUCAAUUUCAGUAGCUGUUACUUGAGAAGAUGCAUGUAAAAAAUUGUCUUGUGCUAUUUUUUUGUUCAAGUGUUGGGAAAAAAGUAUAUAAACAUAACUGUUUACUGCACUAAGAAAAUAUAAAGCAUUCAUCCUGCUAA